AUGCCGGCAUUACGCGAGGUGGCUUUUUCCAGAGCCAAAGACGCGACUGCUGAAGUAUUCGUACCUUCUAGCCUCGAUAACGAGCAGGAAGAGCUAGCUCCACUACGAAUAGCAGCGCCAGAGAUGGCAGACGAGGACUACUAUUCGCUCCAAUCAAUUCUUGCUGAUAAUCAUAAAUUGACAUGCAGCUUUACCCUUGCCGUGGAGGGAUUGGGAUAUCUGGAAGGUGGUACUGAUGCAGAUCUGCAAGAGAAUGCGAAGGUCGAGCUGCCAUUCUGGCUCGCUCAGACUUUAUCGAUAAACGAGUUCACCACCUUCCCCUUACCUCAACCAUACUCACCGCGCGUACGGGCCGCGCUGAACGCCUCGGCACCCUCGGUCAAGCUCUCCAAUCAGGUUGGCUCGAACGGAUGGUGGUAUAGAUGGGGCAGCAAGAUAGCGGAUGUACUGGACGACCGGCCUCAGGCAGAUCUACUGAAGAUCAUGUUCCGCGCGUUUGUAGCCCGCCUACCACCACUGCAGGACCUAUCAGCGCACCACGCGUCCAGUGAUCACUCGGUGCCAGAAUCUGGAGCGGGAACAGGCGAAAAUUUCCGCGAGGGUAUGGAGGGGGACGAGCGAGAAUUAUUCAGAAUAGGACAAGACUCUGGACAGAUGAUCAAGGCGUGGUAUGACUCGACGUGGGGACAGAGAGCGUUUGCAAGAAGAUAG